UAUUUUGAUAAGCAAUUGGUUUUUUAUUUAAACCUCUUUAGGCCCUUAAUGACUCCAACAUAUGUACCAUUUAAACCCCGAAACUUCAGCCUUGUUCAAUUUUAUCAUAAUUUCAUUUAAACUUUUUCAGUUUCAAGCUAGAGUUUUAACUACUAAUUUCCUGCCAGACUUUGUAACGUUAUUUCUUUAAGGCAAAUUCAAAGACAUUCGUCCUAAUUAUUUUAAAAACCAUCUUCUUCCAUAUUUUUCUAAAUCAGUGCUCAGUAGAGGGUAGAAAACUCCGAUGGCAGCAAGAAAACAGUCUGAUGAUAGAAAGUUUUGCUCAAGCGAAAAGCAGCAAUACCUUAUCUUUGACCGUUCCAACCGUUUCAUCACAGCCUUUUGCUCCAGACCGCAAGGCCAUUAUAUCAACUUUGAUCGCUUGAAGCGUGAGGCUAUUGAUGCUCUUGAAAAUACUAGAGCUGAUAAGAGAACCAAGUCCUUGAUUGAUCUGGAUACUUUGAAUGAUGACUCGAUGGGGUUUAAAGAAUAUGUCUCUGAUGAUGUGAAAUCUGAUGCUGAAUCAUUGUUUUGUUUUCAAAGAGAUGAGGUUAUUGAUGUUUCAGAUGAUGAGCAGUGCCUGAAUAAUCUGUUCCAUGACGAGGGAACAAGGAAGAAACUCAAACAAUUGGCAGGAAUGGUUGGAGCUGACGGCAUGGAACCAGGGAUUGUGUUGGCCAAAGUCGUGACUGUUCUGAAAGAGUUAAGCAGAAAUGGAUGUUAGCUAUAUCAUUUCUGGCCCAAAAGCCCCGCCCAACCCAAGAUCAGAAACAAUGAUCGAUAAGUGGAGAAAAUGUUGGCAAUGGACCUAAUUUGGGAGGCCACCAAAGCCGCAAUGCGCUGGGGCACGGUCCUCUAGGCCCAAUCUCUCAAAUCCAUUCCACCCCCAGUCAACCCACCUCAGAAACUCGGCCGAAAGCUCCUAAAUUCAUGAUCCAAUUGACUAGCCCUCGUUUUCUUUUGGCAAUACUCGCUUCCUUUCUUCAUCAACCUUUCCGCGUCCGCCACCUUUUUCGCUAUCUUAAGCCAGGCCCCAAUUUCGUUCGCGGUCGCCGUCAUCAAUGCGACGACGUUUGCUGCCAAAUCCUCCUGGGUGAGGAGACCCGGGUUGGUCAUGCUCUAUUGGGUACGGGUUUUAUUGUUUUGGGUGUUUGGCUUUGUAUCACAUGAUCUGCAUGUGCUUUGCAUUUUAUUCUCUGUAAGACUGUAAUAACUUUUAAAAAGUUCAUGUUCAGUUAUUGUAUUUAGUUGGAAACAUGAAGUUAUUGUUCUCUUCGAUACAUGUAUUAUGUUUCAUUUUGAUGAAGAAAAUGCAAUACAAUUGAAACACAAUAAACCAGACAACAUUUACUCAAUCAAACAUAAUUAUUUUCGGAAAAGAAAUGGGAUUUCAGAAUUUCCAACCCUUUCGAAACUUUUUCAAGUUGUCUUCAUAUAGGUUGGUUUCUGAUCAUCUGGGGACGUAGAACUGCUGUUUAAAACAUUCCGGAGGCAUCUGUCCAUUGAAUCGUUUAGUAUCUUUGCAGUAGUCAUAGAUCAUGAAGUUAUCUCUGACCCACUUCAUUUGACCCAUCUUGCUACUGCUCAACUGGCUGUAAGUAGGGGAAGCCCACCAGUUAGCUGGGGAUCUGGAGGCACAUUGAUUGAUACUCACUGGUCCAUCCCACUUGCUAGCUCUUGCCCUAAACCCUCGUAAUCUGGCAAUGAAAGGUGCACUGCUCCAGUCAAUCUUGACGAGUCCACCUCUUGUUGCCCAAUUGUCCGCAUUCCAUAAACUGGCUUGUACCCUCAUUCCUUGCUUGUUGGGGAAAGCAAUGCCUUCCUUCUCGUAGUUUCUGAAAAGACGAAUAGGCAGGUUGUCGAUGUACCACCUAAAACCAUCAUGUACGUUUUGGUUAGUUUCAUGAGAACAGUGAAAUGCAUUAAGAUUUUUAAUCGUACGUUGUUGUUGUCUUGUAAUUCACUGAAAAAUUAGUAAUAGAAGAAAAGUAGCAUGCAUUUGCUAUCUGCUUGAACGAGAUUUCUAAUGAACAUAUUUGGAGAUAAGGCACAUGAUAAUCUAGUAUAAUUGAAGGGGAGUUAACUCACACGACUUCGGUGGGAUUCCAGUGAAUGGUGUAGUUGU